UGACAGGUGACGGUUUAACAAUCGCAUUUUUAGGUUAAGAAGGAAAGCAGAAUUCUUGUGUGUAUUUCUGAAAAUACCUACCAUUAAUAAAUGUCUUCUUUACAAUAUUUAGAAAAAUGUCAGCAGCUCUAGUUCGCCAGGCCUUGGAAUUCGUCGAUCAAGAAGAAGGCGAGGUACGUGACAAACGCCGUAAGGGGAAGAAGGGGUCUUCAGGUCAAGAACAGAAAAAGCCCUACCAACGACCCACAAAAGAGAAGCAGCCUAAAGCACAAACUACUAACGCAACCAUCAAGAAACUGCUAGCAUUGUCACAGCCAGCAUCUGACAAGAAAACAGCACUUAAGAUAGUGCAACGCGCGAUCAAAGGCAAGCCACUGAUCGAGAAGCCGGAGCCAAAACCAAAGGAGAUAAAGUCCAUCCUGUUCGCAGACGAAGACGAACCAACUGCUCAAUAGUUCCGACUUGUGUCCGAGACUGGUUUGCCGAGAGCCGGGCAUGCCUGUAUAUGGACAUAGCUGAUGCGGCGCUCGGGAAACUACUGCUGGUGACGACGGCCGCGAUUUUCUGCCUCAUCGUGUUGUGGGUCAACACCUACCCCUUCUUGGAUAAAGAUUUAUACGUAACAAGCCUAGUGCCGGAUCCACAGUGGUUCUUGGUCGCGUGCGCCGUUUGGGGGCUGUGCUUUGUCGGGGGUCUCAUGUCGUUCACUCUCUACCACGUCUACCCGUAUCUGUGAUCAGCGGUAACAUGGCCCAGUUCAAUAAGGACGAGUGGAUCGUUAUCGGUGAGUUUUCUUCUCUUUAUUCAUAUUGUUUCACAGAUUUAUACGUAACAAGCCUAGUGGCGGAUCCACAGUGGUUCUUGGGGGCUGUGCUUUGUCGGGGGUCUCAUGUCGUUCACUCUCUACCACGUCUACCCGUAUCUGUGAUCAGCGGUAACAUGGCCCAGUUCAAUAAGGACGAGUGGAUCGUUAUCGGUAUAUCCGGCGUUACAUGCGGUGGCAAAACGACACUCGCUAACAAACUGAAAGAGUCCUUAGUCCCCGUCUACGUGUUCCACCAGGACAAAUACUUCUACCCUGACGACAGCCCGAAUCAUAUCAAAUGCGUAGGUCUAGAACAUAACAACUACGAUAUCCUAUCUGCACUAGAUAUGGAGAAAAUGAUGCAGGAUGUUUUAGACACGUUGAAUGGAAAAGAUAAAAGUCACGCGAGUAACGUAGUGAAGAGUAAAGGAAAAAAAGAAAUUAAAGGAAAAAAGUUUUUGAUCGUCGAAGGGUUUACAGCGUUGAAUUAUAAACCGAUUUUGGAUAUUUGUAAUUUGCGUUAUUACUUCAUCCUGGAGUACGCGGCGUGCGCGUCGCGGCGCGCGCUGCGCCUGUACUCGCCGCCCGACGUGGCCGGCUACUUCGACGGCUGCGUGUGGCCCGCGCAUCUCAGAUAUAGGGCUGAGAUAGAAAAAGACCGCCGCGUGAUUCUGCUGGACGGCACACGCCCGGACGUGUUCGAAACCGUUAUGAAUGACGUCACAGCGUUGGGCGCCGUCAGUGUAGAAUAACUUUUGUAACUGUCCUUUUGAAAUUACCGAAAAUCGGAGUGAAAAUAUGAAUGUGGAUGAAAUGGAAGGUGUAUAAAGAGAUCGUCGAAAGAUGUAGACUCUGCCUAUACCUCCGGGAAAUAAGCGUAAAAAUCGAAAAAACCAAAGAGUAAUUUGCCUUAUAUUUUGAAUUAGUGGCCUUUCAGUCUUUUCUACUGUUGGCUCUGUCUACCCCGCAAGGGAUAAACACGUGACUGUAUGUAUCUUUGAAAUAGAACAAUCAUCAUGUUAUUGCAUUUUAUUUAUCCAAUUAUUGUAUGGAAAUAAAUUUUAAGCUAGAGGAAGCCAGGUUUUUUCACUGGUUGCAUUUAUACUCACUUCUAUAGCAGGACGUGGCCAUUCCAGUUUUUUCGAGAUUGUUGGCUCUGUCUAUUCCCGUAAGGAAUAAUGACGUGAUUAUAGUAUCCGUAGGAACUUUGCUUGCGCGGUUUAGAAUCUUCGCUACUACUGGCUAGGGCACCCCUAAAUUGAUGUCCAAAAAACACGGCGGGUGCCAUUUAAAUGUAAAAUAAUGAUAAAUAAAGCCUAAUUUUAUAUUUUUGAAACCUUACUUAUCCACGCUUAUUUUUCGUAUGGCACAAAACAAACUUUUACGUGUUAAUAAUAAGGUUCUUUAAACUUUAUUUUCUUUUACCGUUUCUAACGUAUAGUUGUUUGGUGCGCAAAUAUUAUUUUUGUAUGCAGUUUUAUAUACAGGAAUUAGCCUCGCGGUCAUAGUAAUGCGAAUAUAUGUAUUUUUUAUAAGAUCGUAAAAAAUAAACUUUUCAUUAUAAACUUCAUUUGGUUCUUUUAAAAGGACAGACCAUUCUAUUUUAUGAGGACACAGAAAUGCGAAUAGCACAAAUUGCGAUAUAUAUAAACGUUAUUCUAUUUUAGCAAAUUUUUAAUGGCGUUAGUUACAAUUAUCGUCACUAGAUGGCGAUGCUAUUUUAACAUAAUGUUUAGGGUAAAAUUUUAAUGUUUUCACACGAAUAAUAAAAUGUAAACAUGUUGAGAUCUGAAGACGUAAAAAUUGUACAAAAAAUAUAUAUUAUAGUGUGUUCUUCAUACAUUUACCUGUAUGGUAAAUUGUAUGAGACGGGGAGUGUAUGACAUGUGGGGUAAAGCAUCUGUUUUGUAUGAAUUUCAGUGUAAACUGUGGAUUAGAUGUAAGCAUUGUUAAAUUAACUAAAUAAAUUAUGAUUAUAUUUAGCA